UCAUUUUUCCUACAGGUCAGUCUCAAAGAUGGCUUAUUACUCAAACCAAAUCAGCACAAAUGCUCGAGUGGCAAGAUGGGGAUGGUCUGAAUACGAUGAGAGGCACUACUCACAGGGUGACUGGAACAUCCAGCAGCAGAACUAUGCAGCCGUGUAUGGGGAAGCUGUCGACACUGAAGACUAUGUAGCACUAAGUCAAGCCAGUUGCCGUCACACUUCGACAACAUAUGAAAACUCAACUGACAGAUUCAUAGAGGAAGCAAUGGCUCUGAGCCUUAAAGCACUGGUGAUAGAUAAACAUCAACCACACAACAUGAUUGCGUACGAACCUGCAUUAGAGUACACAUUAGAUGGAAAACGAAUGGCUCUGAUAGUGUGUGACACAUCCAGAGACGGAUGCCAGCACGACAUCCAACGUGUGCUCAAAUUCUGCGGCCAGAAUGGAUUCAGCUGUUAUCAGACUGCCCAGUUCACUAAAGCGGGGCUGAUGGACGAUUUGGAGGCCUUUAAGGGAAUGCUGAGUGAUGAUGUCUGCUGCCUCACCAUUUUCAUCAUGGCCCACGGAAGUCUUGGGCACAUCAAUGUGUCCAACGGCCAGAUUGAGCUGCAGAGAAUCUUUGAGAUGUUUGACAACCGAGGAUGCCCAGCACUGCGUGGAAAUCCCAAACUGUUUGUGAUACAAGCAUGUCGAGGAGUCCAGCAGUGUUCAAAUAACCCCUGUUUUGAUGCAAGCGAGCUGUCAGGUGUAGAUCAGGAGCGCCUGUGGCCGGUGGAGUCGGAUUCCUUGUUUGUCUAUGCAGUGUGUCCAGGGAACCUGGCGAUCCGUUACCCCGACACUGGGAGUCCACUGUUUGAGGAGAUGAACCAUGUCUUCUCUCAAUCUGGCUCCGAUUAUAGCAUGCAUGAUCUCUUCACCAUGGUGAACAGCAGACUGGAGAAGAGAAUAGAGAGAGUUGGAUACAAAACAGACCGACGACCUUGGCAGAUUCCACAGAACCUUGUAAUGCCUGGACUGGGACGAAGGAGAGAAGCAUCAGGACCAGUGGGUGGCCCACUGCAUAUUGUUGAUCGUCUGACUCAAAAAUGGUACCUGAGGUAGCUCACCAGGGAGAGCGCCUACCAUUAGGAGGACAGUCCUGGACAUUUGAAGUGGGGUUGAAUGAGGUACUUAUCCAUAGUCAGUGUAUUACAUGCAGUAGAUGGCAACAUCCAGUUUGGAGGAACAGGCAGGAGUACUGCCAUGGAUUCGAAACAAUGCACUGCUGUGGACAUGGCCACAGCAAAAUGUAUUUUAGCCACCUAAAAAAAUCAAUAUCAGUUUAAUUGUGUGCUACAUUGGGAAUAUUUUCACUGCUUUACCUUGCUGGGAAACAGACAUUUCUUACAGAACUGCAGUUACAUCACUCUCUUCGCAGCCAGACUCCACUGAGAAAAACAGUAAUUUAA